ACAGAUUAAUACACAGCAUCGCGCCAAGUUGUUGUUUAAUUCAAGUUCUGAUUGUAGUAAGAACGGUCGUAGGCGGUCUUGUGAGUAAAGUGGAAAUUUUUAUUGGAAACUGGAUUGCAAUAUUUUAAAUAAAGAACAUUUUGAUUUUGGAAACUUUGCGAAUUUAAAAAGUAACAAAAUAAAUAUUAUUACGGAACUUUAAAAAGGAUUCUCAACCAACCAUAAUGUCUUGUUCGAAAAACACCGAAGCCUGCGGAAAAUGUGUAAACGUGGCCUCUAAUAAUGCCGUCACGAAGAAUCGUUCGAAAUGUUUCCCUGAUAAAAAGUACAAGCAGGUUCAACCAACUGGGAAAGAAGUGUCGGGACUGACCCACGAAUGUGGUGUAUUUGGAGCAAUAGCCUGCGGUGAAUGGCCGACACAGAUAGACAUUGCUCAGUGCAUUUUCCUAGGAUUAGUAGCACUGCAGCAUCGUGGACAGGAGUCGGCCGGCAUCGCUACAAGUCUAGGAAAAACUGCUAAAAAUUUUAAUAUUCACAAAGGAAUGGGGAUGAUCAGUAAUCUCUUCAACGAUGAUGCCAUUCGAAAACUAAAGGGUAACUUAGGUAUUGGGCACACUCGAUAUUCCACAUCCGCUGCAUCGGAGGUUGUGAAUUGCCAGCCUUUUGUCGUGCACACCGCACAUGGCGCUGUGGCGAUUGCGCAUAAUGGUGAACUGAUCAAUUGCGAAUCUUUGCGUCGAGUGGUAUUAGAGCGCGGAGUUGGCUUAUCCACGCACAGUGACAGUGAGUUGAUUGCCCAAUCACUAUGCUGCGCACCUGAAGAUGCCAGCGAACACGAUGGGCCCGACUGGCCAGCUCGCAUACGACAGUUCAUGACACUUGCGCCGCUGUCAUACUCAUUGGUCGUUAUGCAUAAGGACAAGAUCUAUGCCGUACGUGAUUCAUACGGUAACCGACCGCUUUGCAUUGGCAAGAUUGUGCCAAUCACACUGGGUCAUGGGAAGCCAGAAGAUGCACCCGCAGAGGGUUGGGUAGUAUCGAGCGAAAGUUGCGGAUUCCUGUCGAUAGGUGCUCGUUAUGUACGGGAAGUGGAACCCGGUGAGAUUGUAGAGUUGACUAAAAACGGUUUCCGUACAGUGGACAUUGUGGAGCGUCCAGAUUACAAGAAGAUGGCCUUUUGUAUUUUUGAGUAUGUUUAUUUUGCACGUAGCGAUUCGACUUUUGAGGGGCAGAUGGUAUACUCGGUGCGAUUGCAAUGUGGUAGACAAUUAGCACGAGAAUGGCCUAUCGAAGCAGAUAUUGUCAGCUCAGUACCAGAGUCGGGCACAGCGGCAGCGCACGGGUACGCAAAGGAGUCCGGCAUACCAUUCGCCGAGGUGCUUUGCAAGAAUCGAUACGUCGGUCGCACCUUUAUUCAACCUUCACCACGACUCCGACAAUUGGGUGUGGCAAAGAAAUUUGGGGCUCUCUCAGUUAAUUGUGAAGGCAAACGUGUCGUUCUCAUUGACGAUUCAAUAGUCAGAGGCAACACCAUUGGUCCUAUCAUCAAGUUGCUACGAGACGCUGGUGCCACAGAAGUGCAUGUCCGUAUCGCCAGUCCACCGCUAAUGUAUCCUUGUUAUAUGGGAAUUAAUAUACCAACUAGAGAGGAGCUUAUUGCAAACAAGUUGGAGCCCGACGAUCUGGCAGAUCAUGUUGGUGCUGAUAGUUUAAAAUACUUGAGCGUGGCUGGACUCGUUACAGCUGUGGAAAUAAACAAAGCCAACACUAAUCCCAUUAAGUCGGGAUACUGCACUGCUUGUCUGACUGGAGAGUAUCCUGGUGGUUUACCAGAAGAGCUCAGUUGGUAGCACUUAAAUUUAUAUUUGAUGGAAAAGAUUCGCUACGCGUUUAAGUAUUCAUAAUUUAAACCUAAGAAACUUUAAAUUAAUUUAUUAGUUAAGGAUUUUUAUAUUUUUGUAUCAUAAUAUUUUGUAAUCAAUUAAUGAAGAAUAACAUCUAAUGACUUUA